ACUCCCACUCCCGACGCUAUUAAUUCAAGUUUUUUUUUCAUGUACGCGUCUGUGACACGUUUGUUUCCUGUAUAAAAACCUUGUAUGCGCAUAUUAUAUAUAAGGUGCCAUUUAUAGAUUAUUCGCAAUUACAUGCAACCGCCUAGCCGUGAAUUUUUAGUUUAUUACGCACGAAUCAGAGACUCGGUCUGUUUUUCCAAAAAUGGUCGUUAGAUUUUACGGCUCAGAUCAAGGCUUCUGGACAGGAAUUAUUGUCAACUUUUAAAUAGCCUAUAACUUGAGUGGCUAGGGUGACAAGUAUUGGGUCGGUGGGACAAGACUUUUUAGUCGGUUGCAAAUAAGAGGGACAAUUGGGUACUCUUUCAAUUCUCUUUCAAUUGGUGGCGAGAGAUACAUAUCACCCAGUAACAGAGGUUGCGAUGGAAGAUAUGGAUCAAGGUGCAGAAAAGGUUACUGUAAUGGAAUCAAUUGUGGUGCAAGAUGAUAAACUUGAGCACCCAAAUGGUGAGCCACCGAAACCGAAACGAAUGAAGAAAACAAUUUCAGAGGCAUAUUUGGCGCCCCUUUUCAAGCCUAAGAUAUUCGGGAAGUCUGCAACGCUUUUGCUAGCUUACCAGACGCUUGGAGUUGUAUAUGGAGAUCUUGGGACAUCCCCACUUUAUACAUUCUCUUCUAUUAAUAUUCAGAAUCCUGAAGAGAGAGAUCUGUUGGGAAUUCUUAGCAUGGUAUUCUGGACGCUAACAAUGAUUGCUCUUGUGAAGUAUGUCUUCAUUGUAAUUAGAGCAGAUGAUCAUGGAGAAGGAGGUACAUUUGCACUUUAUUCAUUGUUAUGUCGGCAUGUUAAUGUUGGCCAAAAGGUUGGCAACCAAUUCAAGCGCCUUCAAUCAGAUGCCAACUUGAAGUAUUUUAGUCAAAAUCAUGGGAACAAUUUCAACUCCAGAACAAAGCAAGUGCUUGAGAACAGUGCAACAUUUCAGAAGGCUCUUCUCAUAGUUGUCAUGAUAGGAACCUGUAUGGUGAUUGGAGAUGGGGCAUUGACUCCUGCAAUUUCAGUGCUGUCAGCUGUGCAAGGAAUUCAGUCAAAGAGCUCUAAUCUGAGCCAAGGUGCUGUUGUGGGUGUGUCAGCUGCAAUCCUGCUUCUACUAUUCCUUCUUCAAAGAUUCGGUACUGGUAGAGUGAGUUUUCUGUUCUCUCCUGUAAUGAUCGUUUGGUUCAUCGCCAAUGCCUUUGUUGGAAUAUACAAUAUUGCAAAACACUACCCAGGAGCAUUCAAAGGACUCAACCCUUAUUAUAUAGUCUAUUUCUUUCGGAAACAACAAAAAGAUGGAUGGGUGCUGCUUGGAGGUGUUGUCCUGUGUAUAACAGGUGCUGAGGCUAUGUUUGCUGACCUGGGCCAUUUUAAUAAGAGAUCCAUCCAGAUUGCUUACUCUACCUUGGUAUACCCUGCUCUGAUUCUUACAUACACUGGGCAAACAGCUUAUCUGAUCAAGCAUCCAGAAGACAUGAAGAAUGCAUUCUACAGCGCAGUUCCUACUCCAGUGUAUUGGCCGAUGUUUGUUAUUGCCACUCUAGCAGCCAUUGUUGCUAGUCAAGCAUUGAUUUCAGCCAGCUUCUCAAUUAUAAAACAAUCCAUGGCUCUUGGCUGCUUCCCUCGGGUGAAGUUGGUGCAUACCUCACAAAAUAAUGAAGGACGAAUCUACUCCCCAGAAGUCAACUACGUGCUCAUGGUCAUAUGUCUUGCUAUCCUUGUAGGAUUUAAGGGUGGACCAGAAAUUGGGAACGCCUAUGGUGUUGCUGUUAUUGGAGUCAUGUUCAUUACAACCUGCUUAGUGAGCUUGGUGAUGCUACUUGUUUGGAACAUGCACUUUCUACUUAUAUUGCCAUUCCUUAUUGUAUUUGGUCUCAUUGAAGGAGUCUAUCUCUCGGCUGUGCUCAACAAAGUGCCACAGGGAGGUUGGGUGCCCUUUGUAAUUUCAGCAUUUUUUGUGGUUAUAAUGUUCUCCUGGAACCAUGGCAGGCAGAUCAAGUAUAAAUAUCUAACAGAAAGAAAAGUAAGCUCAGAAGACCUUCAGACACUCAUUGCUAAUGUAGAAACUCGUGUUCCAGGAGUGUGUUUUUUGUGCACCAACCUUAUUUAUGGAAUACCACCUAUCCUGAGGCAUUAUGUGAUGAAUGUGGGUGCUCUUCAUGAAAUUCUCAUUAUUUUGACCAUAAGAAUUGUUCCAGUAACAACAGUGUUGUUAGAGGAGAGAUUUAUAGUAGGAAAAUUUGAGCCUAAGGGUGUAUAUAGAUGUCUAGCUCAAUAUGGUUAUGGAGAUGUGGCCCCAAACAUGGAAGGACAAGAAUUUCUGAACCAGGUUAUUGAAAGUAUAAAUGAUUACAUUAAAAAUGAAGAAGUGGGGGAUGGCUCGGAUGAUCAUGAAAGAAAUUCAGUUGUAGAAAACAGCUGCUCUAUUGCUGCACAGGAGGAAUUGCAACAACUUGAGAGGGCAAGAAAUGAAAGGGCUCCUGUGUAUGUUUUGGGGAAAACCACACUGAGAACUUCUAAAAAUAGGGGUUUUCUCGAAGGACGGGUCAUUGAUUUGUAUGGAUUUCUGCAGACCAAUUGCAGAUCAGCCAUUUCUACAAUGCGGGUACCACCUGAACAGCUACUUCAAGUUGGAAUGGUAUAUGAACUUUAGGCUUCAUAAGACAAACAUGACGCUAAAAAUAAAAUGUGUCAAGGCCAAGAAGGGAGACUAUUGUGGUAAAUAGGCAAUUGGUCUGUACAGACAAAUGUUAUGUUGAGUUUGUUUGUUAUUGUUUCAUGGCUUAGCUGUAUAUUGGAAUUUUUUCGGCUGGUAGAUAAAGUUUCUUGGUAACUCCAAAAAUUCUUGUUGUCCUUCGUCAUCCGAAACCAAAAUGUAUAUUUUUUAACCCAAUAUUAUUGGAAAUGUUAUAUUGGCUUGAAAAAAAUUCACCAACAAGGAUAAUCAAACUGAGGCAUGGACAAUUUUUAUA